UUUGUUUGAAAGCGGUUUGACCCGAGCGACUGAGCUUGUGGCACCUCGUAACUAAAAGCAGGAAGUUAAGGAUGUGAAGUAGAAUGCAAGCGGCUUCGCUUCCCAUUAACACCAUUUACGCAUUUGUUCUUUUAAUUUUCACUGUCUGUAUCAGCGAGUACAUGGACGUGUUGUGUUUAUCUUCUGUAAGGAACACGGCAUGCUAACCAAACGGCCACUGGAGCAAAGGAAAGGCAGACACAAGUUACACUAAUGCUGAUGAUCAGCCCCAAAAUGGCCUCAGGAAUGCAAGAGAAACAGUACACACCAUCUUUACUCAGUUUUUUCAUUUACAACCCCACGUUUGGACCUCGAGAAGGAGAGGAAGAGAAAAAGAUUCUGUUUUACCACCCCAGUGAUGUUGAGAAGAACGAGAAGAUCCGAAAUGUCGGCCUUUGUGAGGCCAUUGUGCAAUUCACCAGGACGUUCUGUCCAACAAAACCAGCUAAAUCCCUGCACACACAGAAGAACCGGCAGUUUUUCUUUGAGCCCGAGGAAAAUUUCUGGAUGGUCAUGGUGGUUCGAAAUCCAAUGAUUGAGAAACCAAACAAAGAUGGCAAACCACCUACAGUAGAAUAUCAGGAAGAGGAAAUGCUUGAUACUGUUUAUGGUGCAGUGGUAAGGCAGUGCUACAGCAUGUAUAAGCUCUUCAAUGGCACCUUUUCCAGAGCAAUGCAAGCUGGCGGCGUGGAGCUGCUCAUGCAGAAACUUGAGAAAUUCUUCUACAGGUAUCUGCAGACUCUCCACUUGCAGUCCUGCGACCUGCUCGAUGUAUUCGGAGGCAUCAGCUUCUUCCCAUUGGACAAGAUGACCUACCUGAAGAUCCAGUCUUUUGUCAACAGAGUGGAGGAGAGCCUCAGUCUGAUCAAAUACACAGCCUUCCUGUAUAAUGACCAACUUAUCUGGAGCGGGCUGGAACAAGAUGACAUGAGGAUCCUGUACAAAUAUCUGACCACCUCGCUUUUCCCCAGACACUCAGAACCAGAGUUGGCUGGCAGGGACUCCCCGAUGAGACCAGAAGUUGCUGGAAAUUUGUUGCACUAUGGGAGGUUUUUGACAGGACCUACAAAUCUGAAAGAUCCGGAGGCCAAAUUCCGAUUUCCAAGAAUAUUCGUCUCUGCAGAGGACGGCUACGAGGAGCUGCAUCUGAUUGUUUACAAGGCAAUGAGCGCAGCAGCUUGUUUUAUGAUCAGUGCCUCUGUGGAGCUGACGAGGGAGUUCUGUGAGCAGUUGGACAGCUUGGUGGGCCCUCAGCUUACUUUGCUGGCUUCUGAUAUUUGUGAACAGUUCACAAUCAACCGCAGGAUAUCAGGGCCAGAAAAGGAGCCCCAGUUUAAGUUCAUUUACUUCAACCACAUGAACCUGGCAGAGAAGAGCACUAUCCACAUGAGGAAGACCGCCAGUGUUUGCCUCACCUCUGUCCAUCCUGACCUCAUGAAGAUCCUGGGAGAUAUCAAUUGUGACUUUGCCAGGGUUGACGAAGAUGAGGAAAUCAUCGUAAAAGCUAUGACAGACUACUGGGUAGUCGGCAAAAAGUCAGACCAGAGAGAACUGUACGUGAUCCUGAAUCAGAAGAACGCCAAUCUGAUCGAAGUAAACGAGGAAGUUAAGCGGCUUUGUGCGACGCAGUUCAACAACAUAUUUUUCUUGGAUUAAUGGUGAAGACACUAAAAACUGUUGCAGGGUAUCUUGACAGCAUCAGCGUAAUGCAAUAAUUGCAUCGUGAAAUUAACAAUAACAAUGAAAAGAUUCCUCACAUCGAUUUGUUUUUUUUAUUUAA